AUGUUCUUUAUUGGUGGAAUGGACCUUAAUCUGCUCCGUUUCCUGUUGUCGAGGGCUCGUUCGGAUAGCCCCACGCUCCGUGAAGACGUUCCCCAAAACCGUUUACGAAAUGGCCAAGGUCUCGUAGAGCUAGGUCAGUUUCCAUUUUCGCUCUUUUGCCCUGUGCUCACAACUCCCCAGGACCUCAAUCUGCUCCGUUUUCUGUGGUCGAGGGCUCGUUCGGAUACCCCCACACUCCGUGAAGACACUCUCUCAAAACCAUUUACGAAACGGUCAAGGUCUCAUGGAGCUAGGACCUCAAUCUGCUUCGUUUUCUGUGGUCGAGGGCUCGUUCCGAUACCCCCACGCUCCGUGAAGACGCUCCCCAAAACCGUUUACGAAACGUUAAGGUCUCGCGGAGCUAGGACCUUAAUUUGCUCUGUUUUCUGUGGUCGAGGGCUUGUUCGGAUACCCCCACACUCCGUGAAGACGCUCCCCAAACCGUUUACAAAAUGGUCGAGGUCUCGUGGAGCUAGCCCCACGCUCCGUGAAGACGCUCCCCAAAACCAUUUACGAAACGGUCAAGGUCUCGUGGAGCUAGGUCUCAUGGAGCUAGUACCUCAAUCUGCACCUGAUUCUGCUUCAUUUUCCAUGGUUCUGGACUCAUUUGGAUACCUCCACACCCCCUGA